GAAAAAUUAAGGUUAUGCUAUUUUGUUGUAGCGGUGUUUAAUUAGGAAUUUUUUAGUUUUAACAAGCGAAAUUAAUAACGGCUGAUUAAAAGAUAGAAAAACAUAUCAGUCUUAGAAUGAGGAAAGUAUGCGCCAAGCAGUGGAAGAGGCUCUCGAAGGAAGAAUAGGAUAUCUUAAAGCUUCUAAACAAUUUGGGAGAGGAUUCAGGGAAAAAGGGAAAAGGGAAGAGUUGGUGCGACACAUUUUGUCUAUGGAAUCGCGACUAUUUGGUUUUACUUUAAAAAUGACUUUCGAAGUUUGGCUUUUCAGUUAGCUGAACGCAAUGGCUUAGCUAAUCGAUUUAACAAAGACAAAAAAAUGGCCGGUGAAGUUUGGUUAUACAGUUUUCUAAAGAGACACCCAAACGUUAAACUUCGUACCCCUGAACGAACAUCACUUGCUAGAGCCAUGGGCUUUAAUAGACCUGCUAAAAUACCAUCCGAACGGAUUUGGAACGUCGACGAGACAUGUAUAAUGACAGUGCCAAAGAAAAGAUCAAAAUGUUUAUCACAAAAAGCAAGUUGUAUAUCUUCAGUUGAACGCGGCGUUCUUGUUACUGUGGAAAUUUGCUACUGCUGGUGUAUUUAUGCCACCUACCUUUAUUUUCCCCAGAUCCAGAGCAAAAUCUGAGCUGCUAGAUGAUGCUCCUCCUGGAAGUAAAGCUCUUUAUCAUUCGUCAGGAUGGACGCAAAAAGAGAUUUCCACGAAUUGGCUCAAUCAAUUUAUUGAGUUCUCCAAACCCUCCAAAGAACAUCCUGUGCUGUUACUUUUGGACGGACAUACGACCCACAAAAAAAAUUUAGAAGCUCUGUUUUCCAUCGUAUACCACUCACCGUUUGCAACCUCUAGACGUCAGUUUCAUGUCCAGGACGACCAGUUACAAUAUCUCAGAUAGGCAAGCUUUACGGACAAGCAUACAUGAAAGCUGCUAGCAUUCAAACAGCAGUCAAUGGGUUUAAAAAGACAGACAUUCAACCUCUUAAUCCAGAAGUCUUUGACGACUGGAUGUUUGAGCCAGCUGAAACGACAGACACACCGAUGAACAAUUCUUUAAUUGGUCUGGUUGAACAAAAUAAUAGGCCACAUACACCAAUACCACAGAACCGAGUUGAAUUUGAAGAAGAAAAAGAAGGGUAUGAUGCAGAAAAUGUUAGACACUCUCCAAGAACACCGUCAUUGCCUCCAGAUCCUGUCACACCACGAAAAUCACCCAAGGUGUUUGAAAAUAAGGAUUAUAAUACUCCUCCUCCUGUUUCUUGCAUCAAAUUCUAUACAAAUGCGACACCAUCCACCAGCACGAAGUUUGAAAUAACACCUCAACAAGUAGUUCCACUUCCUCACGCAGAAAGAAGAAUUAAUGCUAAUGAUGAAAGGAGAGGAAAAACGGCUAUACUAACUUCAACACCUUACAAAGAAGAGCUUGAAGCAUCUAUAGAGAAAAAGCCUAACAAGAGGCCCAAACUGAACUUGAAAAAAAUCAAAAACCAGAAAAUACCAAAGGAAAAAAUAAAAAAUGUACCGGAAACCGGUUAA